GUGACGUUGUUCUUCAAUAAGGUACUGGUAGCAAUUUAGCAUUUAAGGAUGGCGGGCAUGCAGUUUGAAUAUGACGAAGAAGGGGGGACGUUUUUCUACUUCCUUUUAUCAUUCUGGAGUUUAUGGCUUGUACCAACAACCGCCUACUAUUUCUGGCCUUCGGAUAAAAAAACUGAACCUGAAAAAGACAAGAGAAAGGGCUGUAAUUGUGAACCAUGUCAACUGAAGAAGUACCGGCUAAAGGCAAACUCAAAGUGGGACCGGACCAGGGACCGAGCUGUAAAAUUUGGGCUCAUUAUAAGCUGGGUUAUUUUGAUAGCCCUCGCAUACAAGGUGUCAAAGAUUCAAAUGGACUAUGUGGAAUACGACCCCUACUUGGAACUCGGUAUAGACAGGGGUGCGUCGGAUAAAGAAAUUAAGAAAGCGUAUCGUGCAAUGAGUUUGAAGUACCAUCCUGACAAGGAGACUGGAGAUCCUAAGAAGUUCAUGAAAAUAGCCAAAGCUUAUGCAGCAUUGACAGAUGAGGACACGAAGGAAAAUUGGGAGAAACAUGGAAACCCUGACGGACCAGGAGUUGUGAGAUUUGGUAUUGCAUUGCCAAAAUGGAUCGUUGAGAGGGAAAAUUCCAUGUUGGUCUUGGCUGCCUACGGUUUAAUCUUUAUGAUCAUCCUACCAGUGGUUGUGGGUAUUUGGUGGUACCGCUCCAUCAAGUUCAGCAAGGACCAAGUGCUGCUGGAUACAACCCGACUCUACUAUUUCUUCUUCCAGAAGGCACCCAACAUGAUGCUUAAACGUUGUAUAAUGGUGUUAGGAGCAUCGUUUGAAUUUGACAAGUUUCACAAUAAGGAGGUUAUAGAACGGCCGAGUGACAAUGAAGAAGUACCGCAGCUGAUUAAGAGGUUACCUCACCUUGAUGAGAAGAAUAAGGAGAAGCCACUGUGUUUCCCCUACAGUGUCAAGGCCAGAGCUCUCCUCCAUGCACACUUUACCCGUCUGGACCUCCAGUCUUCAACCUUAGAGCAAGAUAAGCAAUUUGUCAUAGGCAAAUGUCCUUGCCUUAUCAACGAGAUGAUCAACAUCACUGCCCAACUUGUAGCAGGGGCAGCUCGCAAUGCUGUAGCACACAUGCCACGCCUGGAGACUGUAGAGAAUUGUAUGAAGGCAUCACAGAUGUUGAUUCAGGGCCUCAACGAGAGGUCAAGUCCGCUACUACAGCUUCCUCAUAUAGGCCAGGAUAUGCUGAAACAUUUUAACACUAAAAAGAGACACAUCCAGAGAAUCACUGAUCUCAUUGCUAUGAAAGAGGAGGACAGGAGGUUGUUAUUCCGUAACCUUGGUAAUGAGGAAUAUAGAGAUAUCAUCAAUGUGUGUGCAUCAAUGCCCUACGUUACCAUGGAGGUCAGGUCAGAGGUACUCGAUGAUGAGGAUUCGACGAUCACAGCAGGCUCUAUUGUCACGGUAACUGUGGAACUCCACCGAGAGAACAUGGAGGUUUUGUUUGAGAAAGAUAACAUUGAGUUUUCUCACAUGGAUCAGGAAGCAAUAGAGGAGAACACAAAAACUGAAGAUAUGGAAUUGGAGCCAGCAGAUUCACUUAAAAACCAACAGCAAACCCAGCAGCCACAGAAAACAGCAGCUAAGAAGCAACAGAAAAAUAAAAAAGUUGUGAAGAAGAAAAAGGCACCUAAGCAAGCAUACAACUGGAAAGCUGCUGCAGCUGAGAAGGAAUCAAACAAACAGGUAAACUCGUUGGCUGUGGCGACGAUCGGUGGUGCUGAGACAGAGGCUCAUAAGAAAGAGGAAGAAAAUGACAAUAGUGAUGCAGAGACAGACGAAGGAGGAAACGAUUCGGAAGAAGAGAACACAAAAAUGGUUGAAAGAGCUAACGAUCAAGACAAGAAUGCUGCAGUUGUAGAGGAGGACGAUGAAGAACAGUGGAAGAAAUACCAGGAGGAAGCAAAAAUGGAAACAACUUUAGAUACAAAAGUCAAAGAAAGCCAUCCGGUCCAUUGUCCGUACUUCUCAGACGACAGACAAGAGGGUUGGUGGCUUUAUGUUGGUGAUAAGAAAAGUCAUAUGUUGAUAACAGCACCUGUACAAAUCCAAACACUGAAAACAAAAGAAGAGAUCCAGUUGAAAUUUUCUGCUCCAGUGAAGCCUGGUGUCUACACAUAUUUUGUAAUCCUAAGAUCAGACUCAUACCUCGAUUUUGAUCAACAACAAAAGAUAAGGCUGGAUGUGAAAGAAGCGAAGUUAGUGAAGGAUCAUCCUCAGUGGGACAUUUCUGACGAUGAAGAGGACAAGGAUAAAGACGAUGAUAGUGAUUCUGAUUACUCAACAGACAUGUCUGAUUCAGAAUGAACAAUAACUUCAGUGAACUAGGGACUGGAGUUAAUUCUGGGAUGCUGAAUUUGUUGCUAAAUUUUAAAAUCACACUAGAUCAAGUAUUGGUCUCAAACAUCAAGUUAAUCUGAAAAAGGCCAUUUCAAUGAUAUAUAUAUAUAUAUAAGAGCUCAAGAUGCAUGGAGAAACACAUUUGAUGAAAAAAGAAACGUACACUUCAAAAAAAUGGGUAACUGUACAACACUUCUGACAGAUAUUUAUAAUUUAAUAUUUAUAAUAUAUUAUGUGACGAUGAGAUAGUUAAAAGAGUAAUUUAUGAAAAUAAAACUAAAACAGAGUAGCGAUAUCCUCUGAAGAUGUCUUGACAGUUUCAGAAACAACUUUGAGGACCCUGACUAGUAUAGCAUUUCUUGAUUAAGUUUUAUUUUAACAAAAAUCCCACUCAGGUUCGCCUCUGGGGAGGGAGUAAUCUUUACUAUAGUUUACAUCAGAGAAUCACACUUUUGACUUUGAUUUGUUUGAUUUCUAUUGGAAUUCAUUUUAACUUGAUUAACAUUAUCAGCAUAGGAUGACAGCUUGAUGGUAUACACAAGUUGGCCCUGACUAAUGGGCGUUGCCAAAAGGGGAAACUAACUGAAAUAUUUCAAAACUCGGGUGACUGUUGAGGCCCAUGGGCCUCUUGUCUAUUCUUAGACUAUCGGAUUUUAAAACUGCAUUUUAAAUAUAACUUUUUUAAAUCUCUCUGACCUCUGAUGACAAAAAUAAGGAUUAACCCAAAUUAAAGAAAGAUAAAAUUCAUAAUAGUUUUUGGGAUUAUGUGAUUUGAUAAAGUUCUGCUGAUUAAAAUCUUUUUUUUCUUUAGUUACUACAUUCCAAACUAUUCAAUCAACUGUACCACCAGAGUUGUAUGUUCAUAAAAUGGGAAGAAUGUCAAGGGUUCUGAUGCUUGUCUGGCUUGGCAAAAGGCCUAACAGGCCUGUAUACCUGUCUGACAUGUUAACCCUAUGGAGUUUCAAAGUAGUGUAGAUGAACCAGUGCUUUAUUGACUGGAUAUGAUGUAAGAAGGAUGCUAGGUGUUUGGAAUACAUGUAGAGUAAGCGGUAGCCAAUGUCAAAAUGAGAGUGAAAGAUGGACAAAGUGAAAUGAUGUCAAAGAUGAAUAAAAUUGGAGAAAUAGGUGUGAGAGUUUAUGAGAGACAUAUAUAUUUUAGAUAUCUGGAGUUGCUGCCAUAUUUCUUAGUUUUGAAAUUAUAUUUAUUUUUCCGCAUGUUUAUUUUUCACAAAACAUAUAAGUUGGCUGAAAAACUUAAAGGUAAAUGUAUAUAUAUAGACGUAUAUCAUUAUUUGCAUAAUUUUCAUUGGGUUUAACCCGUGUUAGUGAAGGUUAGUAUUGCUACUGUCAUAUCAACAAUGAUCACCACGGCAACCAUUUUCCAGAUUAGGUAUUGUAAACGUACCUGUAUUCAUAUAUCACUAUGCAUACAAAGAACUCUUUAUGGAUAUAUUGAUGAAAGAAUCUGUCUAGUCAAUUAACACAGAUCCAGGUAAUAUCAAUUAUUUUAAAUAAAUCUGACGGAAGAUGUAAUGUAUCAACAAGUGAGAAUUGAUCUUAUGUUCAAAGUCACAGGGGCUUGACAUGUUCCUAUAACACAGAAUUAUUAAACAAUUAGCCCUAGGAUCUGACCCCUAGAUCACUAUGACAAUAACAAAUGAUUUAGGGGUUGGUCCGGGGAAUAUUUUUUCGUUCGUGGUCAUAUAAAUGUGUCAGACCCCUGUGAUCAAAUCAGAGUGGUUUAUUAAUUGGCAUUUUUUUUUCUUCUUCAAUCGACCUUUACUGCACAUUAAAUGCAUUAUUUAUUAAAUGAUUUUGACAAAGAUUUUUUUAAAGUUAAUCAAUGGUUUGUGUGUAAAAUCAUCAAUAUUUGUGGGGACUUCAUAUUGGUCUUGUGCUCCAAACUUUAGAGCUCAUUAUUUUGACCGUCUUUUUCAUCACAUCCUGGUUUCUGGGAGGUAUGUUUUGUGAUAAAGUUCUUUGAAAUGGGGAUAAAUCUGAGAAAUAUUAGAUUCCAUAAAUUAUUGAGAUUUGGGUUUAUGGUUGAUGUAUAAAAUCUUGUAUCAGUGAAAUAUUUUGUCAAUUGUGUACAUAAAAUGUUUUUGUUCAGGUACAAAUGCUGAAUAUGUGUGUACAGAGAGUCGAGAGUCUCAUCGUUUUAAAGUGUUGAUCCACAGAAAUGAUGAAAGGGAGUUGAAUUCUGCUGAAAAUUGAAAUCAAUAUUUUUUUGUUUUUUGAAUUUAAAUGAUGUAGAAAAGUUAAUUAUGUGAACAAAUGAAGCACCGUUGUUUGUAAUUGUACAUUUUUAAUACCUUUAUGUAAACAAGAAAAAUAAAUUAUAUUUAAAUUAUGUGAAUAAAACCAUGAACUCCAUUGUUUCAAUCUUUUGUUGUAUCAAUAUCCUUGUUUAAGCCUCUCUUUGUUUAUAGAUAUAAAACUUCAUCAACUUAAUAAUCCCUUAAAGGUUUAUCUUCAUGUAAUUUCAGUCAGAGCUGCUCAUUUACGUCAGCAAUUCAUAAGUUAAGUAUUAAAUAAACAUCUAAAAAUAGAACGUGAACGAACCUUGCGUGUGCAUAGUUACAUCCGCAGAUGAUAAUCAGAAAAGCAUGGGUUUGUUUAUCAAAUGGCAAGAAGUUUCAUUUCAAAUUCAUGGUGGUUUAUCUUUAAUUUUUGUCUAACAGCCUCACGUUGACUCUCUAAGUUGUAGAUGAUGUUGUUAUUUAAUCCAAUCCUUUUCUUUGCCUUUGUGACAGCAAUCAGUAUGUCUAAUCAACUUUCGGCUUCUUAUGCGUGACCCUGAUUGCCAGUCUGCCAUUCUUUAAAACAACUGGUUUGCCUAUGCGUGGAUGACAUAAUUUAUGCUGCUCAUUUACAUGUAGAGAGCGGAGCACCGCAUUAGAGAUUCCACGUAAUCAGUGGGUAGAUUCCCCAUUUAAUUUGCAAUUAGGAAAAACUACUAUAACAGUUACUAUUUAUUCUCGCAUUGUAUCUUCAUUAGGGUAUAAAUUCUACCAUUUAACAUAUUAUUGUAAUUUUGUCAUAAUUUAUAUGUUGUGAAAACAUAGAGAGGCUUUCAAUGAAGUUGUGAUUUAAUUAUUUUUCUUUUUCUUAUUGGAAGUAAAAGUAUGUUUGUGAUCAUAAUUACUCUGAUGCAUAAUUAUAUAUUUUAUUUUAAUUUUGGAUUUUUGGAUUUAGUGUAAUUUGAUUGAUUUUUUUUAUUUUUUUUGUCCUUGGAACACACCAUACGCUUGUUGUACUGUGUAUAAAUAAUAAAUACUAGUGUGUAAAGGGUGAAUAACACAUGGCAAAAUGAAUAAUUCCUAUGAAUAUUAUAUAGUAUGUUAGUAAACGUCAGCAAAAUGGCCCUCUCCAGGACUACGAUUUAAAAAGGAGUGCUUUUAAAAGGAGAACUAGGGUCGAGACAAAUAUUAGACCUCUAGCACUCCAAGGCUAUCUAACUAGUCACAGUUAAUGGUGUAAGGUGAUGAAAUGAAUCACAACUUACUAGUAUUACAUAUAAUUAUUCCAUAAACAGAAGAUUAUAUAUUGCAACACAGGGUUAAGAAAUCAAAUGUAAUUAACUUUUAUCAGUCCGUAGGUAAUGGUGUUUUGUGCAACACAGGGUUAAGAAAUAAAAUAUAAUUUACUUAUAUCAGUUCGUAGGUAAUGGUAUUUUAUUGUCUGGUUUUCAUAAAUACCAGAAUCAAGAAAUACAGGUCUUAUGGGCCUUUUGUAACAUUUGUGCUGGGGUUAAAUCUGUGACAUGCUGCAUGUAUGUACUAUGUACAUUGUUGAAUAUUAAAUCAGUAUUUUGUAUA